GAAGUUCGGUGGCUUGUAUAUCGCAAUGGGCUUUCUGGGAUUUCCGCACACGACCAGAUUAUUUGUGCCUAUGGUCAAUUGUCUCUCCAAUCAUGACGCAUUUGUGUGCAUGCUUUCAUGUGCAAUCGAUCAAACCGCGCGUACCGGAUGUUCUAUUGACUCACUUGUAGCACACUGUUCAGCAGCUUCUGAUCCUUUUUCGAUGUCAUUCAUACGCCACUCCAUGCCUCCUGCUAUGGUCCGGCUAUCAGGCUGAAUAGCAGUGCACUGGGCUCCAGCCAUCAGCCCAACAUCAACUUGAUUUCAUCGACAGGGACUGGAGAAGAUACCCGGAAGGUUCGCACAGGUGCGGACGAGACAUCGAGCACAGGAAAGCCUUGAAUGGAGAACCCGAAGGCUUUCGCUAAAAAUCUCCAACAGCUCGAUUGACAGUCGUUUGACGGGUAUGACGGCUGAUUGACAGGCCGGAUCUAGUAGGCACCUAUAUGAUGCCGCCGUUGUCAACAAGAACACAGCACUGGAUGCAGACUUGCUCGUGUUCAAUCGCAGAGCGGGGCACUUUGAUGCACGGCGAUGCGCGCCCGCAUAGCGACUUUUUUCGCUAAUAUUCGUCGGCACGUCAGAUACGACGGG